GCUCCCGCGGACCGCCCCGUUAUUAUUCGACGAGCGACUGACACCGAAACUACAAUGUCAAACAUUCUCGGGACACCGAGCGCUUCCGUGCUCGCGCGCGCAGGGGAGGACCCGUCCUGAUUUCUUAAUACACGCGCAAAAUCUACGAUCAAUCUGAUGGUGUUUCUGGAAGCUAAAGACUGAGAUGAUGUAUCAUCGUUCAGACAAGGUGGAAGUGUGAGUGAGUCAGGGAGACAUGGAGGUGAUUAGAAGAAAAGACUCAGACUCCAACGGCUUGUUCUCAGACAACUCGGACAAUGACUGUGAGCACUUGGGGGCUUGUGGGCAGACGACUGCAGUGUGUUUGUGUGAAAAUACCCCCUUUACCAGCUUCUGUGAUCAGCACCCACAGGAGGACUCCAGUGUGAAGUGUGUCCAGUGCGGUAAGAACAGAGCCAUGAUCACCAGAUACUCAGAGGGUUACGGCACAGAGGAGGAGUGUGUUCAGCCUCAUCUUCAGGGAGACAGCGACGCAGACGCAGACAUCGAGGACACGGACAGCAGGCUCCAGAUUGUGGGUUCCCUCCAGCGAAUCAGCUCCCGGAAGAGAAAGCGUCAGCGAAUCACGCGGCAGGACACAACGGAGAGCGAAGACGAUGGUGGGCGGAGCCACAGGACGCACCGCUGGAGUCUACGGCUCAGUCCCCAUCGCGCACAUAACAAGGCCAUCCUGGAGGAGAGCAUUUCUCAGGUGCGGCCGCUGGUAAUCUGCCGCUGUGCAGCGCGAGAGACUCAAACCGUCACAGACGACAAACCCGACAGCGGAAAAUGGACCCUGGCAGUGUUUCCCGUCCCUCUUUCUCUCCCUGUGUCCUGUUAUCUGCUCAUCGUCCCUCUCUCCGUAUCCAUCAUCAUCGUUCUCGUGUCAUUCCUCUUACCGUUCACAGAUACUUGACAUUGCCUUAAAACAUCGCUUUUACAACCCUCUUCAUCAUAUGAAUCAAUUAACCUUUUAGUUGUGUCUACAUGUACAGUAUAUUAGACCCUUUAUACAGUGUGAUCUAUAGAAGCUUUGGUAAAUAACUAUGAGAUAAAAAGUAAUAA